AUGCGCCCGCCCAAUACAAACAUCUGGCCAACGUUCACGCGUGCACGCCCUCGCGCAGGCGCCAGCUGGAGUGCCCUGUCCAGCAACCUCAGGAAGACCCAGAUACCGCUCGACGGCGUCGUGCGCCCGCGCUCCGCCACCACCCGCGCCAUCCGCACCGAGACGAGCGCCGCCAAGACCAACUUCGAGGUCGUCUGGCUCCCCGCCGACGGGGACGCCCCCGAGGGCACGCGCCGCUACUGCCUGGGCAUGUCCACCGCCAAGCGCGCGUGCGACCCUACUGCGUCGGUCUGCUGCGACACGUCCUCGCCCACGCCGCGCGUCGGCGUUGCGAAGGUGCAGCUCUUCCUGCCAUCAGAAUGCGCCGCCGGCUCCUCCAGCCUCAAGAAGGCGCUCAAGGGCUACACCUGGCGCGUCGGCGGCAGGAAGACGCGCGCCGUGAUUGACGCGGCCGCCAAAGCGGUGCUGCUGUCGCGCGCGUGGUACGGCGAGACCGAGGUGUGCGUCGACAUGCCAGAUAGCGCGGUGGGGCCCUGCAAGUCACUGGCUGCUCUCUGCGGCCCCACCGGCUGCCGCGUCACCGCGGUGACCACGCGAUUCAAGCAGGCCAGCGCGGCGUACCCCCACAAGCAGCGCUGCAAGAUGGAUUACACGCUUGCAGUCUGCCCGGCACAAACCGUCAUCAAGGCCGGCACCGCGGACACGUGCGUGGAGUGCAACAGCGCUCCGGACUGCGCCGCCGCCGGUUUCACCUCCCUUGUCAACGUCACCUGCAGCCCCGGCAACAACACCUGCGGCUGCGAGGCCGGCUACCACGCCACCCUCACCCAGAACGGCACCGCCCGGCAGUGCGACGUCGACUGCCCCGCCGGCAUGGUCCCGGCCUCCAGCGGCCCCAAUGCGUGCGUCUUCGCGUGCGACCAGGUGUCGGACUGCGCUGCGGCGUUCCCCGGCGGCCUUGCGCACGCGCAGUGCGCCUCUGACGGCACGUGCGGGUGCGCUGCUCCAUACGUGGUGAAGGACGGCCCCAGCAGCAGGAAGUGUGCGGAGUGCAAUCAGGUCACGUGUUCCUUCACUGACCUGUUUGGCAGCUAG